CCCCCGCGGCGCGGGGCAAGAUGGCGGCGCGGCCGAGCGGCAGCGAGAACCGGCUGGUGUCGCUGCCCCUGUCCCGCAUCCGCGUCAUCAUGAAGAGCUCCCCGCGUGCGUGGUCGGGGGCACAACGGGGGGAGCUGUUUGUCCAGUACUUGGCCUCGUAUUCCUACAAGCACGGGCGAGGCAAGGAGAAGAGAGCCCUGACCUACAGCGACCUGUCGCACACGGCCGAGGAGUGCGAAACCUUUCAGUUCCUCGCAGAUAUCUUGCCAAAGAAGAUCCUAGCUAGCAAAUACCUGAAAAUGCUUGAAAAGGAGAAGAGAGAUGGAGAGGUGAAGGAGGAGGAAGAAGAGGAAGAUGAGAGUGAAGAUGAAGACGCCAAAUCUUAAGGGUUUAUCAGACUGGCUUCAUAUUCGGUCUUUUUCCUAUUGUAUAAAAGAUGUUAUUUUUUUUGUGACUGAGAAUCCAACUGCUGGAUUUAUUUGUAUGUGAAGUCAUCUGUUUUCUAUUUUUGUUUUAAGAAGCUUUAUCCAAUGACACACACACAGCCUGAAGGACAGAAUUAUCCCCCAGAUACACGCAUGCGAGGGGAAGAGUUCCUACAGAUCUGGAGACAGAACUAGCUCAUUCUUUUUAAAGUAACUUAGACAAUCAUUACCACAUUUCUUGUGGGCAGCCCUCAUCAUCCAGGCCAAAGGUCUCUCGCGUUCUCUCUAGGUGGUUAAAUGGAUCCCCUCUUACAGCUGAUGCUGUUGGUAAUCAACUUGAAGAGGCUGUAUAUAUUCUAUCAAUAGUACUUGCCUUCUGCCAGCCAAGAAGCAGAUAACUUGUUCAGACCUCUAUCCCAGUUCUCCUAUAUGGGUCUAGAACCUACCCAUGGAUCAAGCCCUUAAAAACCAACAUGACUUCUGCAAUGCUGUCCAAAUCACUUCCUUCCUCUAGAAGGAAACUGGAUACAGGGCUAGACUAGUUCCAAUUAGUGGUGUAGGUCUGUGGCUGUAGUGGUGAUGAAGAAGUACAAGUGUUAGCAGGUGGUGUAAAUAUGUGUAUCUAGAACCUGUGUUUUCCUCAGCAAGGUCCCUACUUUUGCAGCAUACUGUUUAUGGUAUUUAACCAACACGCAUAUUGUGUGAAGUUUAGAGGUGGUUGUACGGGAAGAAAAUAAGUAGUCCUUUUACCAUGUCAGUGGUAGAGCUGGAAUAUUUUUGUUACAAUGAAAUUGGAAACAGCUCUGUGUAGAAAAUUUUGUACACAAUUUUUUAAAUAAAUGUUUUAUAAAAUGUGGAAUUUAAUGUAGAGGGUCCUG